AACGAGGCCGCCGGGCCCGCGCUCGACGAGUUCCUGACCCUGCUGGGGGAGAAGGUGACGCUCAAAGCCUUCAGCAAGUACGCGGCCCAGCUCGACACCAAGACCGACUCCACGGGCACGCACUCGCUCUACACCACGUACCAGGACUACGAGAUCAUGUUCCACGUGUCCACCAUGCUGCCCUACACGCCCAACAACCGCCAGCAGCUUCUCCGGAAGCGCCACAUCGGCAACGACAUCGUCACCAUCAUCUUCCAGGAGCCGGGCGCGCUGCCCUUCACGCCGCAGAGCGUCCGCUCGCACUUCCAGCACGUCUUCAUCAUCGUGCGCGCCCACCAGCCCUGCUCCGACAGCGUCUCCUACAGGUGGGACCUGGAUUUGGGGGAGAAUCCUGAAAAUUCUGCGGAAUUUGGUUAA